AUGGCCUCCGCAUUGUGGAACUACCUGGGUCUCCGCGAGACCCCCACUGCCCCUACCAAUGAGGCCGUGCGAGCCCUGCCGGCCUCGUGGUACACCUCACAGGAAAUGUUCGAGCUGGAGCGACGCGCCAUCUUCUCCCGCAAAUGGCUGCUGACCACUCACAAGCUGCGUCUCCCCAACACUGGCGACUGGCUGCAGUACGAGGUGUCCGGCUUCAACUUUGUCCUGGUGCGCGACAAGGAGGGCAACAUCAACGCCUUCCACAACGUCUGCCGCCACCGCGCUUUCCCCUUGGUGACCGAGGAGAAGGGUUCCGCCCGCAUCUUCGCCUGCAAGUACCAUGGCUGGUCCUACGGCCUCAAUGGCAAGCUGGCCAAGGCCCCCGGCUACCAGGACCUCGACGGCUUCGACAAGAGCAAGAACAGCCUCCUCCCCAUCCACGUGCACCUCGACGCCAACGGCUUCAUCUGGGUCAACCUGGAUGCCGGUGAGCAGCCCGAGAUCUCGUGGGACGAUGACUUCAAGGGCAUCGACCUGCAGUCCCGCUUUGCCGAUGUCAAGUGGGAGGACUACACCUUUGACCACACUUGGGAGCAGGAGGGCGACUACAACUGGAAGAUCCUGGCCGACAACUACAACGAAUGCUACCACUGCGCGACUACGCACCCCGACAUCCCCGCCCUGGCCGACUUGGCCACCUACUCGGUCGACACCAAGGAUGGCGGCAUCAUCCACGAUGCCCACUCCAAGCCCGACCAGAUCGCGGCCGGGCUCCGCAUCGCUAGCACAUACUACUUCCCCAAUGCCUCCAUGACUGUCUCGCCACACUUUUUCUUCAUGCAACGCUUCGUCCCGCUCUCCCCCACCCGGUCGGUGAUGAAGUACGAGGUGUACCGGAACAAGAACUCGAGCGACGAGGACUUUGAGCUGAUCAACACCAUGUACAAGCGCAUCAUGUCCGAGGACAAGUAUCUGUGCGACCUGACCCAGAAGAACCUGAAUGCGGGAGUGUUUGUGAACGGCGAGCUGCACCCGAAGAUGGAGAAGGGCCCCUUGUAUUUCCAGAAGGUGGUGCGCGACGUGGUGACGGAGCACUUCCAGCGCGAGGAGAAGGAGGGACAGGAGUACUGGCCCGCCCGUCAGCGGGUGCCGAAGGAGGCGGCGACGAGUGCGCAGGACAUGCAAUUCUGCGCCAACCUGGGGUGUGGGGCGGGUAAGGAAUGCUGCUCGAAUAUCGGAGCGCAGCCACCGGCGGCGGUCGCCUGGUGA